AUGGCGACCAGAUGCUGUAUGAAAGUGAGACAUUUUCUGUGCGGAGACCCUCUUGAUUAUGAGUUCGCCACCAACACGACCUGCCACGGUGCGGCUAAGAUCGCUAACGCGCACAACCGGCUGCACAGGCUACUGUGGGUCCUGGUCUUCCUGGGGUCCUUUUCCGUUUGUGUGUGGUGGAUUGCGGACAGAGUGGGGAACUACUACGGGUACCGAACAGAGACUGAGAUCAGCCGCAGGUUUAAAGACAAGCUGAUCUUCCCCGCUGUCACUGUCUGUAACUUCAACAGAUAUCGUGCGUCCAAAGUUUCCCGUGACACUCUGGAACACUUGUGGGAACUACUGAACCUGCACACGGCAGUGGUGAACAGGGGCAACUCCAGCUAUAACGCAUCACUCUGGGAAUCUCCACCAAUCAACGCAACAGAGUUUGCAGAACUUACCAAGCAAGCCGGUUUCCGGCUGGAUGAGGACACACUGAUCCUGUGUAAGUGGAGGGAGGAGGAUUGCUAUGAAGAGGACUUCGAGCACCACUUCACUCCGUAUGGGAACUGCUGGACGUUCAACUGGAACACCAGCUCCGCUCGGGCACAGCCUACCGCCGGGGAGGGGAACGGGCUCAGGAUGGUCAUCAACAUUCAUGCUGAUGAGUACACGGAGCCUGCCCACCUAGACUCGAUGGAUGUGGGGCUGAAGUUCUUAGUGCAUGACCAGCAUGACCCACCAAAGAUGGACUCCGAGGGACUGGCAGUGGCGGCGGGGACACAUGUGUACACCAGUAUCAUACAGCAAAAGUUUAUCAACGAAAGAACCCCGUGGGGCCAGUGUGUUCCUGGCAGGACCCUGCAGUACUAUGACAGGUAUUCCCUGACUGGCUGCCUCCUGGAGUGCAGGGCUAGGAGAGUGAUGGACAGGUGUCACUGCUUACCGGCCAGCCUACCAGGUCCAGAAGACAUGCCGCACUGCUCACCCCUGCAGCUGGGCAACUGUGCCUAUGAAGAACUCGCAAUGUUUGACCAGGGAGAACACGAGGUGGUCCACUGCAACUGUAGUGUGCCUUGUGAGGAGACAAAGUACCAGGUCAGUCUGUCUUACUCCGGCUGGCCCAACAGGGAUGCAGAGCAGCUCUUCAACAGGUCACUGGAACAUCUACGAGCAAAUUACGUGUCAAUGGAUAUCUUCUACCAAGACCUGAAUUACCAGACUUUUCAACAGUUCCAGACGGUCACAGUACCAGGGAUGAUCAGUGACAUUGGCGGCCAACUUGGCUUUUUCCUGGGAGCGAGCAUCAUUACCUUGUCGGAGUUCCUGGAAUAUCUCAUACUCAAAGUCAUCGUCCAUAGGUACGGUCCAGAGAAGGAAGAGAGAACAGACAAAGACAAACAUAGUGAAAAGGAUGUACAGGGAGCCCAAAAUACUGAUCCACCAAAAGAUUCUGACAAGCUCCAAGCUGUUGUAGUCAUCCCAAGACACAGAGCUGGGAGCUACCUAGAGGCUGUUGAUGUACCUCACUCUUCUGAAGAAAAUCAUUUACAAACUAAUGCGAGUCAACAGGAACUUGCCAAUGACGUUUCUUAUAACAAAGGGUAUGCUAACCCGUGUUUGUUGUCCGAUCUUGGUCAAGAGCCAUCAACUGAUGAGUCAAGACGAAGCAUUACUUUUUAUCCAUUUAUUCAAGACACUUUGGAGAAGCAGAAUCACAAUGGCGGUACUAAAGACCUGUAUGGGGUGGAAAACGAAUACAUAUAUCCACAAGGACAGCUGCAGCAGAAGAAUAUAACAACUUAUGUUUGAUCAUGUCUUUUGUAAAGCAUGUCAAAAUUCUAUGAUUGUCAGAAGUGGAAUGUUGACGUUGUAUCAAUGCACUACUGCACCAGACAGUGUCACUUGACCAUAUUUACUGCACUUUCUACUUCAUUGCCAAAAGUAAAAUUAGACUCAAAAUACAGUACUUAAAGGUAUGCAUUGCAUCAACGUUGAUUUUUGUGCUGUUGAUAUGAAUUGCAAGUUAUCAUUUUUAAUGGCUUCUGUCUUCACAUGGAAUGUACAUGGUGAAUAUUGACUUCACAUUUUGCAACAGUUUGUUCAUUCUUACUUAUUUUGCACUGCAGGAAUAUUCACAUCACUUACAAAGCUUCUACUAACUAAUAUAAUAGUGAUCACAUUAUUGAUGCAACAUCUUACAAAAACUAAUGUCAUUUUUCUUUUGAUAUACAUCUUCCUUGUGUUUGUAACAUUUUUUAACAAAAGCAUCAUAGUCAUGGGGAGCAGGCCUUUGUAUUCAUAGUCAAAGCUGACUUAUUAGCCUACAACCAAUGUAAAUCUGGUGCCCAAAGCUACCUCACACUUCAGAAGGUUAAUUAUUACACUACCUUUACUCAUCAACAAUUAGCUAGAUCUGUCUGCAAAAAAUGGAGCUCUAUGAAGUUUCAAAAUCACAAAAAAUCCUGGGCCCUUGUUGGAAAAAGUAUUUUGUUAAAUGGUGUUUCAUGUAUGAAUAAAAAUUUCAUGUAUGUA